CAAAAUUCAUGGGCCCAGCUCUGUCCAGUUUUGUCGCUGUUUUGUACUUAAAUGAUUAGACUAUUCAAUUAUUUAACGAGUUGGGCUUAUAACAAAAUGAGCCGGGCUUAGAUAAAUAUUAACGAUAUGCGAAUUUUGAAAGGUUUAGAUUUAUGCGGCUAACAUUUAUGGAGAAUGAUGAAAUAAAGACAAAAUAAUUAAAAAUUAAAAAGGUUUAGAUUUUGAAUAAACGCGAGCGAAGCAGAAGCGUAGGUUCUCAAAUCACGAAUAGCCUCCCGAAUCAUCGCCGGCGAUCGACGGUGCUGCUGCUUCUACGUCCGGCGAGGAAUUUUUCUGGAUUUUGUUUUCGCAUUGAUUAAUCCCAGAGAUUCUUCAUCGAGGUUUUUCAGAUUAUUAGGAUUUGCUUCGACGAGGCGUCGACGAGGGAUUUGAAAAAUAUUGGUGAACAACGAAUCGGUGAAGAAUUGGAGCAAAUUGUUUGUUCCUGAGGAUUCAUCAGAGUAGAUUUUGUUGUUUUGGUUAAUGUAUAUUUUGGACUUGAGAGUUUGGGGGAUUUUGAAAUCUUAGAUUUUGAAGAAAGCUAGCUACUAGAAUGGGUUAGAUAGAAUGAUUGGAAGGAGAUUCGAGUGAUGUUAAACGAUUUGGUUGAGAAUUAUGAUUCGAAAGGGAAUUAGCUCUUUGCAGUUUCAAUGGCUGAUUCCUCGAGAAUUAGUCUCUCUGAGAGAGACGUUGAACAGGCCAUUACGUCACUUAAGAAAGGAUCUUACUUGUUGAAAUAUGGGCGUAGAGGGAAGCCCAAGUUUUGUCCAUUCCAGCUCACAAGUGACGAGUCUGCAUUAGUAUGGUACUCUGGCAAAGAAGAGAAGCAGAUUAAGCUGAGUCAAGUCCUGAGAAUUGUUCCUGGACAACGCACGUCUACAUUUAAGAGAUAUCCACGCCCCGAGAAAGAGUAUCAGUCAUUUUCGCUCAUAUGUCCUGACAGGUCCUUGGAUUUGAUAUGUAAAGACAAAGAUGAAGCAGAAGUUUGGGUUGUUGGUUUGAAGUCAUUGAUUACUCGGGUAAAAGUCUCCAAAUGGAAAAACACUAUUAAACCUGAGAUCACUUCGGCGGAAUGUCCAACCCCUCAUGCACGAAGAGUGUCUCCAUUUGUAACAAUUCUUGUGAGUAACACUACGUUUUAUGUUUUUAGGAAUUUGAACGAACACCUUAUACUUUGCAUCAUCUUACCACAGGAUCAAGUUAUUCAACCCUCUAAUGAGACUUCUACACAAACCCGGUUGGGGAAAGUGUUUUCUGACAUUGUUUCAAUAACUGCACCCCCCAGUAAUAAUAAUCAAACAGAAACCAGUGCCAACCUUUUCUGUCCAUUUUCUCCGACUCCGGUAAAUGUUGAAAAUUCAAGUUUACGAUUCUCGACCAAUGACCCAAUUCGGCUCAGUCUAUCUAGCGCUGUGAGCACCUCUAGCCAUGGUUCAUAUCACGAAGACUUUGAUGCCUUAGGUGAUGUUUUUGUCUGGGGUGAAUCUAUAUGUGAUGGUGUACUUACCGGCACUGGAAAUUCAUUGAACUCCACGACAGAGGAUGUCCUUUUACCAAAAGCAUUAGAAUCAACUAUAGUACUUGAUGCCCAAAACAUUGCAUGUGGUAAAUGUCAUGCGGUUUUAGUUACCAAACAAGGAGAGAUCUUCAGCUGGGGUGAGGGAAAAGGUGGAAAGCUAGGACAUGGCUUAGAAACAGACGUCCAACAACCAAAGUUCAUUAGUAGUGUCAGAGGAUUGGGUUUCAAAUCUUUAGCCUGCGGAGAUUUCCAUACAUGCGCUAUUACUCAAUCUGGUGAUCUUUACAGUUGGGGUGAUGGCACUCAUAAUGUCGAUUUGCUUGGGCACGGGAAUGAAUCCAGCUGCUGGAUUCCCAAGAGAGUGACUGGUGCCUUACAGGGACUGUAUGUAUCAUAUGUCGCUUGCGGUCCCUGGCAUACAGCAGUAGUUGCAUCAUCAGGCCAGUUGUUCACGUUUGGAGAUGGAUCUUUUGGCGCUCUGGGUCAUGGAGACCGGAGAAGCACAAGUGUUCCCCGUGAAGUUAAAAUCCUAAGUGGACUAAUAGUAACGAAGGUUGCGUGUGGCGUUUGGCAUACAGCUGCACUGGUAGAAGUGACAAAUGAAGCAUCUGAGGCAGAAGUUGGCUCUUCACGCGGGCAAGUCUUCACAUGGGGGGAUGGCGAGAAAGGCCAGCUUGGUCAUGGUGACAAUGAUGCACAACUACUUCCCGAGUGUGUAAUUUCAUUGUCGAAUGAAAAUAUCUGCCAAGUUGCCUGCGGACAUAGUCUCACUGUUUCUCUUACAUCCACAGGACAUGUGUAUACAAUGGGUAGCACGGCUUAUGGGCAGCUUGGUAAUCCUACCGCCAAGGGAAACUUUCCUGCGCGUGUUGAAGGAGACAUAGUAGAGGCUUCUGUGGAGGAGAUUGCGUGUGGUUCUUAUCAUGUUGCAGUUUUGACAUCUAAAUCAGAAAUUUACACAUGGGGAAAGGGAUUAAAUGGCCAGUUAGGCCAUGGAACCAUUGAGAACAAAAGAGAACCUGCGGUUGUGGGUUUUCUGAAAGAAAAGCAAGUGAAGGCUAUAACAUGUGGAUCAAACUUUACUGCUGUGAUUUGUGUUCACAAAUGGGUACCUGGCUCUGAACAUUCUCUAUGUGCUGGUUGCCGCAAUCCCUUCAACUUUAGAAGAAAACGCCACAACUGUUACAACUGUGGUCUGGUAUUUUGUAAAGUAUGCAGCAGUAGGAAGUCUCUGAGAGCUGCUCUGGCACCUGAUAUGAACAAACCAUAUCGAGUGUGUUACGGAUGUUUUACCAAGCUGAAAAAAUCGAGAGAACCAUCUACUUCUACGCCAACUUCACGGGCCAGAAAACUUUUGAACAUGCGGAAAUCGACAGAUGUUUCAGAAAGAGACAGCUUAACUCAAAAGUUCCUCUCAGCGCAUGCCAGAAUAUCGUCUGCUGACUCUUUAUUGCAUUACGGUGAAAGAAGGCACCACAGACGAGACUUAAAACCGGAAGUAAAUAACAGUAAUGUCUUCCCUUCCAUGAAUGGCAGUUUACAGCUUGUUGGUUCGCCAUUAUCCAAAGGAUCAACAGCUUUGCCUAAAAUUCCCAAGAAUAUGAUGGUUAAAAUUCCUGGUUCAGGAAUGAGCUCUCGCACAACAUCCCCAGUUUCAGUAAAGUCAACUAGUCCACGUCGAUCUUAUGAAGUAGCAGCUGCGGAAUCUAAACAAAUAAAAGACAGUUUUAAUCAUGAUAUGGCGGGUCUAAAGGAACAGGUAGAACAACUUACUUCCAAAACUCACCAACUUGAAGAGGAACUCGAAAAAACCAAAAGGCAGUUAAAAGUGGUCACUGCAAUGGCAGCAGAUGAAGCAGAAGAAAAUAGAUCUGCAAAGGAGGUUAUUAGAUCUCUCACCACUCAGUUGAAGGAAAUGGCUGAAAGACAAUCUCAAAAGGAUGCUAUUAGCACCAACUCAAAGCGCACAGACAAAGAGACAUCAGAGAUAACUCAGACUAGUAACCAAACACAUAUAAGAAGCAUGGUUUCUCAUGAUAGUCAACAUGAGAACAAUCUAACAAGUAGGAGCUUCGCUAAUGGGCAUAGGAAACAGAAUGAGAAACCAGAGAGGGUUGUGCAAGACGAACCAGGAGUGUAUUUAACAUUGUUGGCUUUACCUGGUGGUGGUACUGAACUCAAGCGUGUCCGGUUCAGCCGGAAACAAUUUACCGAAGAACAAGCGGAGAAGUGGUGGGGUGAAAAUGGAGCUAAAGUGUGUGAGCGCCACAACAUUCUAGUUUCUUAGGACUCCUGUCUUCUCCAAUAGAGAGAGACUAACAGAGAUAAAGAAAAGAUAGUGACAUAUAGAAUAAAAAUAGAGAAACACAUGGAUGCAGAUUUUAUUUGUUUUGGAACAUGAUGUUUUUCUGCUGUUCAUAGAAAAAAAUGUUUGUUGUAAAUUAUAUAUUUAAUUCAAUUUUUUUUUUUUA